AUGCGAAACCAAUUUUUAUUCUUAUAUUUAUGCAUUUAUUUUAGUAUCCUAUUAUAUUACACAUUAGAAGAUUAUAUAUUUUAUAAAGAAAUAUUCGAUACAACAUUUGGAACUGAAGUAAAUACAGAUGACAUUAAGAUAUUUCUGAGCCCCAAAUAUAGAUCUAUUGAAAGCGCUAUACGGAAUAGAUUUAUUGAUGGUUGUAAAAGGAUAAAAUUAUAUUUUGAGUAUUUUAAAAAAAAAGAUUCAUGUAAUAACUCGGAAUGCUGCAAUUUUAUUAAUUAUUGGAUAAACAAAAAAUUUAGAGAAUUAAUAAGUAAUGAUUUUAAUACAAAGUGGUACUUAUUUCGAUAUUUCUUGGAAUAUGUUCAUUAUAAUAAUAAUGACGAUAAAUAUAACAGAUGUAUACACGAUAUCAAAUAUAUGGAUAAUGAUUUAUUUAAUAAAGUGAAUAAAUUAUAUAAUUGUUAUGAAUUUUAUGAUGGUCUUAUUUAUUCUAUUGAAAUAAAUAUUGAGAAAGAAACAUUAUGUGGUUAUUUUAAUAAUUUGAUUAAGGAAUAUAACGAAAUAAUACAGGAUUAUAAUGUAAAAGAUGAUACCAUUUUGGUUAAAGAGUUAAAUAACAUUAGAUGCUUAAUUGAAAAUGUUGAUUGGAAAUCCACUGAUGAUUGCAUGGAUGAGUUACCAAGGUUAUCUAAUAAUUAUGAUUCUAAUGAUUAUGAUGACACAUGCAAAUCGUUAAAAGAAGAAGGUUAUAUACAAAGAUAUUCUAGGCGUUUCGUUGUAGAUUUUCUACCUCCUUCCCCUGAUACUAAUACUAGCAUAAUAGCUAUAAUAAGAACAUUAUUUAUCAGUAUUAUUGUAGGAGUAAUUGUUUUGGGUCUCUAUAAGUUUAGACUGUUCAGAAUGUAUUUAUACCCCAUUAUAUUAAGAAUGAGAAAGAUGUUAACGAAUACAUAUGAUGAAUCAUACGAGCAACAUAUUAGUGAAUAUGAUAAUAAUACUAUGGAUUUAGAAGAAAAAAAGUAUAACAUUAUAUAUAUUUCUGGGAGCAAAUACUAA